AAUCUUGCGACAAACGAUAAAGAUCUUGAGGGCAAACCGUGUACUUUAACUGGAUGGGGAGCUACAAGGAAAGAUUGUGAAAGAGAUCAAAAUGGAAGAUGGAAUGUAACAGAUAGUAAUAUCUGCACUUUAGCUAAAGAAGGAGAAGGAGCGUGUCACGGUGAUCAUGGUGGGCCUUUGGUGGUCAAUGGUUUCCAAAUUGGAAUCGUUUCCUUUGGUAAUGUCUGCAUGGGAUUACCUUACGAAUUGAAUCACCAGAUCCUGCUCAUAGAAUCUGACAGCAAAUUGGUGGCAAAAAUUGAGCAGAAAUCGCAACUCUUGGUCAGUUACUGCUCCCAUGUUAACACAGCAUGA